AUGAACACAAUCGUCCUCGAUACCCCUCGCGAAAACGUUACUAAACGCUUCAGGCACAAAGCCCUCAAAAAGAGCCCGAACGGAUUCACAGCCAUCGUCCUCCCCUACAUACUACUCGACCAGCCGCUCAGUCAACACUACCUACCCAAUCAGCUCACCACUCAGCUAGCCACUCAGUCUAAUACUCUACAAGAGGAGGAGCAAGAGGAGGAACUACAACAGGCAAAUGCGGAGAACACUGCGGAGAAACCAAGCGGCAACAAGGCCCCCAGCACCAAGAACACGGCUCAGCUCUCCAAGAUCCCACGUCAUAUGCUCUCCACGAUUCCACAUCAAAUCAUCACUCAAGGAGGAACUACAACAGGCAAAUGCGGAGAACACUGCGGAGAACACUGCGGAGAAACCAAGCGGCAACAAGGCCCCCAGCACCAAGAACACGGCUCAGCUCUCCAAGAUCCCACGUCAUAUCAGUCAUCCACUCAGUCAGCCACUCAGCUAGCCACUCAGUCUGAUACUCUACAAGAGGAGGAGCAAGAGGAGGAACUACAACAGGCAAAUGCGGAGAACACUGCGGAGAAACCAAGCGGUAACAAGGCCCCCAGCACCAAGAACACGGCUCAGCUCUCCAAGAUCCCACGUCAUAUGCUCUCCACGGUUCCACAUCAAAUCAUCACUCAGUAA